AACCAACGCUCCGCUACCACAUUUCCAGCCAGCCAUGGCUCUCGCUGGCAAAAAGGAGGAGGAUAGCCUCAUGAGCUCCUACUUCAACGAUAAGACCACGAUUAUCCAGGAAGCUCGUGUCUUCAACGAUUCGCCCAUCAGUCCGCGGAAAUGCAGGGCGCUGCUCACUCGUGUAGUCUACCUGCUCUAUGUCGGCGAGACCUUCGGUACCCAAGAGGCUACUACUCUGUUCUUCGGAACGACCAAACUCUUCCAGCACAAGGAUAGCGCGCUCAGGCAGAUGGUCUACUUGGCCAUCAAGGAGCUGGCCACCACCGCCGAAGAUGUCAUCAUGGUGACCAGUAGCAUCAUGAAGGACAUGCAGCCCAACUCAGAGGUCAUAUAUCGUCCGAACGCCAUCCGGGCCUUGUGCAGGAUCAUCGACCCGUCCAUGGCUCAAGGCGUGGAGCGGUUCUUCAAGGCAGCUAUUGUGGACAAGACGCCAUCCAUAUCUUCUGCAGCACUCGUAUCGUCCUACCACCUGUUCCCCGCCGCGAAAGAUGUGGUCAAACGCUGGGUGAACGAGGCCCAGGAAGCCAUCAACCCUAAAAGUUCAGGCUCGCUCUUCGGUAGCAGCACUGGCGGCGGCUAUCUCGGAGGCUGGGGAUCAUCCCCUACGCCGGCGAAUUCUGGCUACCAGCCGGUUACCUCCACGAGCCAUAUCACACAAUACCACGCCGUCGGGCUGCUCUACCUCAUUCGCCAGCAGGACCGGAUGGCUGUUACGAAAAUGAUCCAGCAGAUGGGAGGCGGGCGAAGUUCAUCCGGAGCUACGCUCAAGAACCCAAUGGCGCUUUGCAUGCUCAUACGUUAUGCUGCUAAGAUCAUGGAGGAUGAUCCAAACUCCCAGAGACCCAUGCUUGAGCUCCUUGAGGGAUGGUUACGGCACAAAUCCGAUAUGGUCAACCUAGAAGCGGCGCGUGUUAUCUGUGAUAUGAAGGGGGUCACUCCGGCGCAACUCUCAAAGCCUGUUGCAGUUCUGCAGCUAUUCUUGUCGUCACCUCGCGGCACAUUGAAAUUUGCUGCCGCGCGCACCUUAGCGUCCCUUGCUGUCAGCCAUCCCAACGUGGUCAUCCCUUGCAACCCCGACUUGGAGGCUUUGAUUACGGAUUCCAAUCGGAGCAUCGCGACCUACGCUAUUACCACUCUUCUCAAGACCGGCAAUGAAGCUUCCGUAGAUCGCCUUAUGAAGCAGAUCACAGGCUUCAUGAACGAGAUCAGCGACGAGUUCAAGGUCAUCAUCGUCGACGCUAUCCGCUCGCUCUGCCUCAAGUUCCCGGCCAAGCACGCGUCCAUGCUCGCCUUCCUCUCCGGCGUUCUCCGUGAUGAGGGCGGAUACGACUACAAGCGCGCGGUUGUCGAGGCCAUUUUCGACAUGAUCAAGUUCAUUGGCGAGUGCAAGGAGCAGGCGCUUUCUCACCUCUGCGAGUUCAUUGAGGACUGCGAGUUUACCAAGCUGUCCGUUCGCAUCCUCCAUCUCCUCGGCCUGGAAGGACCCAAAUCUCCGCAGCCAGCGAAGUACAUCCGGUACAUCUACAAUCGUGUUGUGCUCGAGAACGCCACCGUCCGGGCGGCCGCCGUUGCAGCCAUGGCGAAGUUUGGUGUCAAUGUGCCGGACGCUUCGAUGAAGAAGAGCAUCGGAGUCCUCCUCAACCGCUGCCUUGACGACGUCGAUGACGAAGUACGGGACCGAGCUGCCCUGUACCUCAAGACUUUGGAUGAGGAGCCAUUAGCGCAAGCUUAUGUCAAAGACGAAUCGACGUUCUCGCUCGCCGCGCUCGAGUCAAAACUCGUCGCGUAUGUGAACAACAACAGCGCUGCCGAUGAGCCUCUUGACCUCUCGGACAUACCCAAGAUCAGCCGCGAGCAGGCGGCGAAGGAGUCUGCGCGCCCAAGCGCCCUGGAGACCGUCGCUGUCGCUGGACCGUCCCAGGCUGCAACCGGUCCGCCUCCACCGACGGCGGCCGAGGCUCAGUCUCAAUACGCGCAACAGUUGGCGGAGGUUCCCGAGUUCGCGGACUAUGGACCAGUGCUUAGCAGCACGAAAUCGACCCCGCUCACGGAAAGCGAGACAGAGUAUCAAGUAUCGUGUGUCAAGCACAUCUUCAAGGAGCACAUCGUAUUCCAGUGCAACAUAUCCAACACCAUUACCGACACGGUGUUGGAGAAUGUGGCUGUGAUACUGCAACCGUCCGAAGAUUCGGGCCUGACGGAGGACUUUGUGAUCCCUUUGCCGUCGCUUACCGCGGCUACGUCUCCCGGGCUCGUCUACGUGUCCUUCACGCGCGACUCGCCAGAGCAGUACGCGAUGGCCUCGUUCGCCGCAGCGCUCAAGUUUGUCAGCAAGGAACUCGAUCCUUCGACAGGCGAGCCCGAGGAGGAGGGCUACGAAGACGAGUACCAGCUGGAGGAGCUUGAGCUCGCCGCGGCGGACUACAUCGUGCCGAGCUACUCGACGUUCACGACGGACUGGGAGCAGCUCGCGGACGCGGCGUCGGCGACGGAAACGUUCUCGCUAUCCGCAAUGGACAGCAUUCAGGCGGCGUGCGACUCGAUCAUCGAGAUCUUAAACAUGGAGCCGUUAGGCGGAACGCAGUCGCCCGCGAAUCCGACGGUGCAUACGCUGCAGCUCUCGGGGCUCGUUGCGGGAGGUGGGGGCAAGGUACUGGUGCGGUGUCGGAUGACGUUUGCGAAAGGGCAGGGCGUCACGCUCGAACUGGGCGUGAGGGCGGAGAAGCAGCAGGCUUGCGAGCUCGUCGUGUCCGCUAUCGGCGGCUAAAGACUAACGGUUGGCAUUACGCAUGUUUGCGUUCGAAGCGGAGUCGUGUUCCUAUUUGGAUUUGUUGAAACUGGAUACAUACCGGAAGGAGUUGUCGUUUCGUGGAGAC